AUACUGGAUCAGAGGAGCCCCACUAGGGUCUGCUGGGGUCUCCAACCCAACCUUCCAGUACUGCUGGGUGUGUGGUUGUCCCCAGCCCAACCGCUCGGUACAAUUGGGUCUCCAGUGGUACCCAACCCAGCUCCACUGUACUGCAGGAUUUUCUGCCUUUGUUUAACCCUAAAAUCACAUCCUUGGUACAGGGGGGGGACUUCAACAUGACAAAGCAGAAUACCAAAGACCUGGUACUACCGGCCUUCCAGCUCAGUCAGGAAAACGUGACUACUCCUCAUGCCUCAGCCUAACACAAGUGCAUAAAGCGUUUGCAUUCAAUUUUAUCACAACGACAUCUACAGGUACCAACAACUUGUUGACUACUGUAAGAGUCAUUUUCUUAAUUGAUUCUUAAUUGACAAUGUGUGUUAACAUGAAGACAAUCACAUGGUUAAAAAUAACCUUUUAGUUUUUAAUCCUUAUUACUAUUAGACCACUUUCUGAAUGAAGUGCUUAUUAGGAGUCUUUCUCUGUCUCUAUCCCAGCAGAUGGCCUUUGACCUUAAUGUCUCUGCUUCUCCUGGAAGGGGGUAGCUAGCACAUUCCGGUCUUACUGCAAGGUCAACAAGGGGUAUUCAGAAGACAAAAUACUGAUAAAUGUUAGUGGCCAGCUUUAUGUAUUUUUGUUUUGGUAAAGCCCCCCCUUCUGGAAAAGUGUAAUAGUCUUCCUAUGUCUGAUUGAAAUCAGAAAGCCUGUAAGCUUUCUCACUUUGUUAUUUCUGUACAUGUAAAUACGGAAGUAUAGCUAUCGUUUUUACUGGGAUCUGUUUCAUCAGACCAUGCUCACCUGUGAAAUGUUAAAAAGGGCAUUUCCCUAACACUACUGACAAAUCUCUACUGAUUUGAAAAUGGAAUGUUUGACAGUGUUGGUCACACUCCCAAGUGUGUCGAGCCAAGCUGAUCCCACUUAGUUUGCUCCCCCAAGGUUCUACUGGGGUCCAUUGUAAAGCCUGUUGUGAAAACUGUUUGUGAAUUGAAUCUAAAUAUGCGCGUCCACUUCCCGAAACCAUUAGCAUUUUUUUCUUUUCUUUUUUGCGCUGUUAUGGUUACUUAGCCGUUGAACUACCGAAAGAUGAGGGGUAGAUGUGGGAAAAGCUUGACCCGCCAGCCUGGACGAGAGUUGCGGAAAAUAUGCGCUACGUCUUUAAGACAAACAGCCGAGUCAGGAAAUGAAACCUUUAGUACUUUCGUUUCCCUCUCGAAACAUUUAUUUUUGUUGCAUUUCUAUUAAAAAGAGGAAGAAGUUAUGCUCAUUUCCUGAAUACGUGAAACUUCUCGAAAUGUCAAGCUUAUAACGGCUUACUUUCUUCUGUAACGUCGCAACCAAAACAAGAGGGUGACCACCAGAUGGCGGAAGCACUAGGAAAUGUUUACAGUGAAGCUGCACAGCCGGGAGCUCUGCCUGCUGGUGACACAGAGCUAAUGCCGCCAGAUGGUCCAGAUGAAAGCAUUGAAGGGGGGAUGGAGGACUUCCUUGGUCCCCACCCAGAGUAUGAUGAGGAAGAAGAGGAGAGGAAAUACUAUAGGAGGAAGAGGCUAGGUGUGGUGAAGAAUGUGGUGGCAGCCAGCGUGGCUGGGAUGAUCACCUACAGCAUCUACAUGGGCCUUCUCCAGAUGCAGCUGAUCCUGCACUAUGAUGAAACCUACAGGGAGGUGAAGUAUGGCAGUCUGGGAUUGGAGGACAUCGAUAAUAAAAUGCUGAUGGGAAUCAAUGUCACACCCAUCAUCAGCCUCCUCUAUACUCCUGUACUCAUCCGGUUUCUGGGCACCAAGUGGAUGAUGUUCCUGGCCUCAGGAAUAUAUGCUCUCUUUGUAUCCAGCAAUUACUGGGAGCGAUACUACACCCUGGUACCAUCGGCUGUUGCAAUUGGAAUAGUCAUAGUUCCCUUAUGGGCGUCACUGGGGAAUUACAUCACCAGGAUGGCACAGCAGUACUAUGAAUUUGUGAACUAUAAAGAGGAGCAUGUGCAGGAGCAGAAGAAGACCCCUAAGGGAGCAUCUCACCGAUAUGUCAUCAUCUUCCAGUCCGUCUUCUACAUCUUGUUUCAUCUCAGCCUUGUGUUUGCUGAGUUUCCCAUGGUGCUCUUCCUCAACGAAUACCUUGAUGAGCACAAUAAUGUUAAGAAUUGCGGUGCAGAAAGUCAUGGGAUGAGUAUGGGGCUUAAUAAGACAGUGCUGAAGAGUCUCCCUCCCUCUCUCUCCCUCAUCAAGGUGGAGAGCACGCUGAUGGGCGCAGCCUUUCUCAGCAUGAUCAUCUUCCUUGCCCUGUGUGGAGCAGCAUAUCGACCAGCAGAGGAGAUCGACCUGCGCAGCAUUGGCUGGGGAAACAUCUUCCAGCUGCCAUUCAAGCACCUGAGAGACUACCGGCUCCGUCUGCUCUGCCCGUUCUUCAUCUACAGUGGGUUUGAGACCCUGUUCGCUGUCACUGGCCUUAUUCUGUCAUAUGGAGUAUGUUCCAUGGGCAUGAAGAACCUGUGGAGAUUGGUAGUAGUGUAUGGGCUGUCCGCCUCGCUCUUCUCCGCCUUGUCGCUGUCUCUGCUGCGGCUACCCCGCCCCGUGCUCCUGCUUGGUGGUGGCGCCGUGCACAUGGCUGUACUGGUGGGACUGAUGUGCUGGUCCCCCUCCUCCAACAGUCUGACCGUCCAACUGCUACUACUGGCACUGAUCGUUGUCUGGGGCUUGGGCUCAGCUCUGAAUAAAACUGGCUUGAGCACUCUGCUAGGAAUGCUUUAUGAAGAUAAAGAGAGGUUGGACUUUGUGUACACCAUAUACCACUGGUGGCAGGCCGUUGCAAUUUUCAUCGUAUAUCUGUGGUCUGGCCUCCCCAUGAGGGCUAAAAUCGGCAUUCUCCUCACAACCUUGGUAACAGCAGGAAUGUGCUAUUGGUUGAUGGAGCAGCGGCUGGCUAAGAAGGUGCCCUAUAGACUGCCCCGAAUCCCCCGGCCAAAACAUAAGGUAAAAGGCUACCGCUACCUGGAGGAAGAUGACUCAGACGAGUCUGGCUCAGAGAACAGUGUGCAAGAGGAGGAGGAGGGCGCCAGUGAGGACGAGACCAUUGGAGAGCGGGUUUCCCUAGACUCCAAUUCGCCGGUGAGGGCAGGGUGUGGAGUCAAGGGGCAGAGGAGGAGGAGGAUGAGAGAGGAAGAUGCCUACGAGCAAGCUGGAAGGUUGGAGGAGUAUGUGAAUGCAGAGUGAAGGAGGGAUGGGGAAAGAAAGGAGGGAGGGAACAUUCUGAACCAUAUUCCCCCGUGUCAUCAGCAGCACCACGGAUCUGAGAUCAGAGCACAGAAUGUUAACUCGGCAUGCAAUAACAUUGCUCAUCUGAGAUCAAUGCACAGCAUAUUAACUAAGCACGCAAUAACCAGUGCUCAUCUGAGCUCCAUACGUAAUAACAGUCCUCAUCUGAGAUCAGUGCAUGGCAUGUUAACUCAGUAUGCAAUAAUCAUGUUUAUCCGAGAUCAGCGCACGUUACCUCAGCAUGUAAUAAUAGUGCUUAUCUGAGAUCUGAGAUGCUGCUUUUGAUAAAUGGGAAAAUUCACUUCCUAGAGGUACAUAAAAAAGGUGUGGAGGAACAGGUGAAAAAAAGAAAAAAGUGUUAGUAAGAGAACCGAGAAGUUGAAACUGAAAGCCAGUGAGAAGAACAGAAGCAUCGGGCUGAAAGCUAUCAGCUCAAAUGUGCAUAGAUAGUUUCUUUCUGCUUAUACAGUAUGAAACUGAAACAUUAUUUUUACUUUCUUAGGGAACAAACCCUGCCAGGAGUGGCUGUCACGCGUUAACAUGUUACUUUUUUUGUGUGAAAGCAGCCUAGAUUUAAUCAAGUGUACAUUAAUGGCUUUUUCAUGUUCAAUCAUGUUCAAUAGGUCAUGAUCCUGCUGUAUUCUUUUAGCAGAUCUCUCCUCUGCAGAAUAGAGAUAAUAUUCUUGUGUUUUGCGCAGUACAAAUUAAAUGAGGCAUUCUCGACUUCAACCACAGAAAACCAGUUCUGCGAAUGUAUGAGACAAACCAUGGAGCAGAUUAAAGCAGGGGUCCCAACAAUUGUGAAACUUGUUUUUUGGGGAAAUAAAUGUUCUAUUUAAAAAAUGUAAUUGGUUCAUUCAAUUUAUUACUUAAUAAAGCACUACUUUACACA